AUGGAGCUCCAGAGGCACACCAGCCACCACCGCAGGGCUGUGCAGGGCGGCAAGGCACAGGCACCACUCAGACCGGCCCCGGACGCAGACGAGCCUGUGACGCGGCCGCCGGCCCCGGGGCUGCUUCUUCGUCGCGCGGCCGCUUCCCCCCGGCCGGCCCGCGUCGCGCGUUCCCCGGAGCGCCAGGCCCCCGGGGGGAGAGCCGGGUCGUGCGCCCCGGGGCCGCCGCCGCCGCCGCCGCCGCAGCCCCCCGCCCCGGCCGCGCACCCCCCGGCCCCGCCGCCGCAGUUCCCGCAGUUCCACGUCAAGUCGGGCCUGCAGGUCAAGAAGAACGCCAUCAUCGACGACUACAAGGUCACCAGCCAGGUCCUGGGGCUCGGCAUCAACGGCAAAGUUUUGCAGAUCUUCAGCAAGCGGACGCAGGAGAAAUUCGCGCUGAAAAUGCUGCAGGACUGCCCAAAGGCCCGCAGGGAAGUGGAGCUGCACUGGCGGGCCUCCCAGUGCCCUCACAUUGUGCGCAUCGUGGACGUCUACGAGAACCUGUAUGCGGGGAGGAAGUGCUUGCUGAUUGUCAUGGAGUGUUUGGAUGGUGGAGAGCUCUUCAGCCGAAUCCAGGACCGAGGAGACCAGGCAUUCACAGAAAGAGAAGCAUCAGAGAUCAUGAAGAGCAUCGGCGAGGCCAUCCAGUAUUUGCACUCAAUCAACAUUGCCCACCGGGACGUCAAGCCAGAGAAUCUCUUAUACACCUCCAAAAGGCCCAACGCUAUUCUGAAGCUCACUGAUUUUGGCUUUGCCAAGGAAACCACCAGCCACAACUCUCUGACCACUCCUUGUUACACACCAUACUAUGUGGCUCCGGAAGUGCUGGGCCCAGAGAAGUAUGACAAGUCCUGCGACAUGUGGUCCUUGGGUGUCAUCAUGUACAUCCUGCUGUGUGGGUAUCCUCCCUUUUAUUCCAACCAUGGCCUUGCCAUCUCUCCGGGCAUGAAGACCCGCAUCCGAAUGGGCCAAUAUGAAUUUCCCAACCCAGAGUGGUCAGAAGUAUCAGAGGAAGUGAAAAUGCUUAUCCGGAACCUGCUGAAAACAGAGCCCACUCAGAGAAUGACCAUCACAGAGUUCAUGAACCAUCCCUGGAUCAUGCAAUCCACGAAGGUCCCCCAGACCCCACUGCACACCAGCCGGGUCUUGAAGGAAGACAAGGAGCGGUGGGAGGAUGUCAAGGAGGAGAUGACCAGUGCCUUGGCCACAAUGCGUGUCGACUACGAGCAGAUCAAGAUAAAAAAGAUCGAAGAUGCAUCUAACCCUCUGCUUCUGAAGAGGCGGAAGAAAGCUCGGGCUCUGGAGGCUUCGGCCCUUGCCCACUGAGCCGCUGUGCCUCCCGGCCCACUGGAGGACAAGCAAUAACUCUCUACGUGAAUAUGUUUUUAAAUGAAGAGACACGGACUGUGCACUUCCGCCUCUUUCCUCCUGAGCUGUGUGGAGCCCUGAACUGGGUCGGCCGGCGGCUGAAUUCUGCCUUUGGCUCUGGCUGCCCUGGCGAGGAAGGGCUGGGAGGUUGGAGAGAGUGGAGCGAGGUGCUCCUGAGCCUGUGCUCAUUUUGCAAUUUUAUCCGGGAUUUGACCGAGAGUUUUUAUGAAAUCUUUGACUUUCCUGUCCCCCACUCCUCUUCCUUUCCACCAGACCCCUUUCCCUCUGGUACUGCAAAGGUCUGGCUGGGGCGGAUCCAGGGCUGUCUGUGGAAGGCUCUGGGGAGUGAGCCUGUGCUGACCCGCCGCCUCCGUUUCCCACUGCAGCCCGGAGCCCGCUGGCUCAGGCACUCUGGGAGCUCAAGGCCCCCUGGGUGGGGGUGCCCGCCCCUCCUUUUCUGCUGCACUCAGCCCCUCCAGGUAGGAGUGAAUGUGUGCGUGUGUGCAUUGUGCGUGUCCAGACCUGCGCCCAGGGCCGCGCACUCAGUGGGCCUGGGCCUGCGGGGGUCCACGCCUCUCCCUCCUGCCCGUACUGAGCCCGCCUAAGUGCCUGGGACGCUUGUCCGGAUCUGGAGCCAAGCUGGCUGCGGGCUGCCUGGUAGCUGGGUUCCGGGGCUGAGGGGAGUGGCUGGGCCCUGGCUCAGCGAUCAGGAAGACUGGACCCCUCAGGACCCCUUUCCCGAGCAGUGCUGUCCUUGUCCUCAGAGGCACUGCCCUUCUGAACAGCCUCUGGACUUCCCGUUCUUGCCACGAACACCUGUGCUUGUUGAUUGCUUGGGUUUCAGCCAUUUCUCGGUGGGAGCCUCAUCGCAUGCCGGUGAGCCUGGGCGGCUCGGGCUGCAAAGCUUCUGCAUUUGCGCUUCUCUCCAGGCUUGGGGGGUGGCGGCCAGCUACUCUGCGUGGUGAGGGGAGACCACUCUGUGGCCCUCCAUUGUGUGGCCUAGUGGAUGGGGGCAGUCUUCGCACCAAAGAUGUCCCGACUCUGCCCCUCCCACUAGCCACUUUCCUGUUCCCCAGCUCAGCCUGUGAGGGGAGGGGCUCCCCCAGCACUGAGCAGAGUGGGAGAGUCCUCGCUGUCUUGCAGUCCCACAUUUGCCCUCCCUUCUGGGGAGGAAGGGGGUGGCUCCUCAGGGUUGGUGGUGGAGGGGCACCUGGGUCCUCUCUGGGCCUGGGGACAGGGCCCUGGGUGCCUGCAGCACCUGCUUUGUCCGUGAUGGUGUAUCCAGCACUCAGACUGUUGUAAACUGUUGUUUUGUAUGAGCAAAAUUGUCUUUACUAAACAGAUUUAAUAGUUGAAA